AAACUAAACUCACCGGCCAACAGGCCGGGUAAAAAGCUAGUUGUGAUAUAAAAUACAAGAGGACGAUUAGUUCACCAGUAAUCGCCAUUAAAUGAUAGUUCUAAGUUAUAACCAUUUUUUAACAACGAAAUAUUUAACCAAAUAUUAUUUAUUCUCAAAAGUAAUGGUGAUGUUAAUUUUGUUUAAUGAAUAACCGAAGAUAUUGAAGGGAGUUAGUUAUACUAUAAUUGAUGAUUUCAUUCCACAAAUACCACGCUUUGUUAACAUGGUUUAAUUUUCGUAGAAGAGUAAAAAUGGUGCGGUGAUGGACCUAAAACAGUAAGGCUUUCGAAUAGACAUGAAUAAUCAAAUGAAAAAGGACUGCUCGAUAAGAUCUCAUACCUAAAGCUAGCAUCAUAUAACCCAAUUGAGACAUUGUAGAAUAGGCUAAACUUCUCUUAAUAUGAGCAAGCAAUAAAGUAGCUCCUAAAAGUACUGUCAUUAUACAUAUCAAAGUAAUCAUAUUCAUUAUGUAAGGUAUAACGGAGAAAAGGGGAAGAAGGCGGACUACAAGAAAAAUUCCGCUUAUUUAUUUCAUAAUAUUUUAAUCUAAAAAAAAUGUAGGGUUAAUACCUUAUUUUGGCCUGAACUAUGACUAUAUAAUCAACUUUGGCCUGUGAUUUCAGAAAUUAACAUCUUGGCAUCAACUAUGCAACAUAUAGAUUUAAUUGGCCCCACACAUGGUUUGACUGUCAGUCAACACACCAUGUCAUUGCCUCGUUAGCCUAAAAAUUAUUAAAAAUUUUAAAUUUAAAUUAUUUUCCUAAUUUCUAUUAUUUAUCAUUAUCAAAUUAACCAAAAAACAAAAUUAUAAAAAUAUAUAAUAAAUGUUAUUUUUUAUUUUUUGGGUACUUUGAAAAGGAUAAAUUAAGUUAACCAAAAAUUAUCCAAUUAUUUUAAUUAUUUAAUUUUAGGUUGAUUUGAAAAUGAUAAAUAAUAGAAAUUAGAAAAAUAAUUUAAAUUUGAAUUUCUUAAUAAUUUUUAGACUGACAUGGCGUGUUGACUAACGGUUGACGGUCAAACCAUGUGUCAGGCCAAUUGAGACUAAAUGCUGCAUAGUUGAGGUCAGGAUGUUAAUUUAUGAAACCACGGGCCAAAGUUAAUAUAUGAUGAUAGUUCGAGUUAAAAUAAGGUAUUAACCAAAAAAAUGUAAGUGAUAACUUGGGUGUUAGAAAUCAAGUGUUGGCCUAAAUAGACAAAAAAAAAAUUAUAACGUCCCAAAUUAGAGAGGGGCGCAAGAGCGGGACUGCCCGUUUGCCAGGUUAACUUGGAUGCAACUAAUCCCUUCUUCUGAAUACCACCGAUUUUUCGGAACCAGUUUACAGGAAUGAAUCAUGUGCAAUAUAAAAAAGGAGCAAUUUAGCCUUGAGUUUGGCCUUCUCUGCUGGUCUCUUUGGAAGACCAGGAUUGAUCGAAUCUUUGCUGGGAAGAUCGUCUCCCCUGAAGCCUUUCUACAACGUGUCCAGGCUUGGAUAACUGUAGUGCGAGAUGCCUUGGACAAGGAUAGGCUCAUCCAUCAGCCUAAUCCACCCAUAAGAACGGAGGUGGAGAUCUCUUGGAAGCCGCCACCUCCAGAGUGGGUUACCCUCAACACUGACGGCUCCGUCAUUGGUGCAACAGGCCAAGCUGCAGCUGGUGGCCUGUUGCGAGAUCAUUUAGGACGCUGCUUGUUGGCGUUCACUUUUAAACCUGGGGAUUUGCUCUAUCACCCAGGCAGAGUUGAGGGGUGCUGUUGAAGGUCUUCAGAGGGCUUGGGAGGCUGGUGCUAGACGCGUGAAGCUAGAGUUGGAUUCGGAAUGUGUUUGCCAGCUGCUGCAGGAUCCAGACUCUAGUGAGCACCAACAUGCAGCGAUUUUACACCGAGAAUCAGAGCUGCUUCACAGACAGUGGGGCGUCUCUAUAACCCACAUUUACAGGGAAGGCAAUAAGUGUGCGUAUCUCCUUGCGCACCAAGGCCAUUGUGUUCCGUUAGGUGACCAUUCUUUUCCUUUGAGUGAUCCUUUAUUUUGUAACUGGUUAAAUUACGAUAUUCAGGGGCUUUUCGAAUCCCGGGUGGUUUUGAAUGAAAGAUAGGGUGCUUUUGCAUCCAUUUGAUUAAAAAAAAAAAAAAAAGAGGGGCGCAAGAAAAAAAGUGGAUGGUGGAAUUACUGAAAUGGGUACCGAAAUGUGCUCUUCUUUUAGGAAAUUCAAAACACUAAAAAAACUGUUAAAACUCUAUUAUUAUUAUAUACUAGCUUGUAACCCGGCUCCUUGACCGAAAUGUCUGUAUUUGAGUAUUUAUAUUUUAUGUUAUGUUUAAAUUUAUAAUCCAUUUAAUUUUAUUGUCAAUUCUUUGUUUUUUUUUUUUGUAAAAUUAUUGUCAAUUCUUCGAUCGAGAUGAUACAUAAACAAUGAAUGUAUAGGUUGAAUAUUUGAAGAAAUACCAUAAGAAUUUAAGUAUAUAAAAUAUAUAAAUGUAUCCUUAACCCAAUUUCAUAAUUAUAAUUAAGCUCCUGUUAUAAUGAUAUUAGUUAAUUAAUUGUCAGGACAUAUAGAGUAUAAAAGCCCGCUGGAAUUCUCACACGACCCAUAUGUAAUUGAAAACUAAAACUAAAAUCUCAUAAUCCUACAUAAAUGGUUCAAUGCUCUCCUUUUCAGAACCACAUGCCACUAAUUAAAAAGAAAUGAAGAGUUGUUGAUUUAAGUCAACCAUAUACUAACAACUCAACUAAAAGGGAAUCAUCAAAAGUUGAGCGCAAAUGACAAAAUUAAGGAUACCUCCAAUAUACUAAUGACUCGAUCAAACAAAUAAGACACAAAAUGAGACACUACUUAUCUCCCAUUAGUUUGAAUAGAGAAUCAACCUUAAUUUUAAUAAAUCAAUAAAUGAUUCCUCAUUUUAAGAUAGACAUAGGUUGUGGUAGCUGCACAACCAUAAACCUAAAGACCAAUAGCCACAACUAUUCCUUGUACAACCAACUUUUUAUCCCCUCUAUCUCCAAUCUCAAGAGGCAUUUGUUUCAACCCAAAAUUCACUUUCUAAUCCUUCUCCUGCAAUUCUAUUUCUGCUAUUUUGAUGGCCUUCUCUAUGUGGCCCUCAACUUCUCUUCCAAUUGGGAUUCUUGUCAACUCGCUCUUCAACUCCUCAACCUUUUCUUGUAUUUGGCCAACUCAUCUUCCUUAGGGGCAUUUGUAAUAAGCUCGGUAAAGCCACUCCUCAUCUCCAAUUCCAUCAGUAUGCUCAUAUCCUCCUUGACUUCCUUCAACUACUCCGGAUCACUUCCAUGCCACCCUCUCCAUUUUCAUAAAUAUCCUCAUCAUCUCUCACUUCUCUCUCUUAAACUACUCCAGUUUUUCUUUCAUGUCUUUCAAUACCCUCCUCAAUUUUAUCACUACCCUCGCCAACUUCCUCUUCUCUGUCUUCACCUGAUGUAGUUGAACUUUACUUGCUACCAAAUCCGAACAUAAUUUCUUCCCCCACUACUUCUAUUCUCAAACAUAAUCUCAACUCUUCUACUCCAAGUUCAACACCACCACCUCCCAGAGUAUUGUUGCGUGGAGGCUAAAUUUUACCAAUCACUAUGGCUUGCAAUUAUAUUGAUUGACACUAAACACAUCGACAAAAUCAACAGUGUCUAAGUAAUCCUAAAACAAUAUCAAAAUUUGAUCGGUGAGCUGGACCACAAGAAUCGAGAUAAAUGAAGAAAAAUAUG